ACAUGAGAGUGAGCUGAGAUCAGGGGAAAAUGUUCUCACACUGAAACAGAUGCAUGUUUGCACGAAGAUGGUUCAAGACCACGCCCAUGGGCACUUUUUAUCCAAUCCCUGACGUUUCUCGAACCAGCUUUCUGUUCCUCUCAGGCAUUAAUGUAUGAAAGGAGAGCAGAAAGUCAUGCAAGGGAAAUAAAGCACGCACACAAACACGCACACACUCCUCAGCUGAGAUGAAACAACAAACGCAGAAGAAAAAGUCACGCAUUGGUGUUUGAACUUGAAGAAGUUGCAGAUAUAAGAAGUUGGUGCAUGAAUGGAAGAGUAUUUAAUCUCUGGAACUGGCAUGCAGAGAUAAGGUCGCGCAAAACUUCCCAAAAUGUCUCCGGUGCGUGCGUUUGGAGACCUCGCCGCUUUUUCCGCACUUUAAAGCGCUUUGUGCAGCUCAUUUCAUGGGCAGGUUAUUUUUUGGGUAGGUCACUUGUUGUGCAGCUCAUUUCUUGGGCAGCUCGCUUCUUAGGCAGUUUUUUUUUUUUUUUUUUGUGCAGCUCAUAUCUUGGAUAGGUUAUUUCUUGGGUAGCUCAUUUCUUGGGUAGCUCAUUUCUUGGGCAGGUUAUUUUUUGGGCAGGUUAUUUCUUGGGUAGGUCACUUGUUGUGCAGCUCAUUUCUUGGGCAGCUCGCUUCUUGGGUAGGUUUUUUUGGCAGCUCAUUUCUUGGGUAGCUCAUUUCGUGGGCAGGUUAUUUCUUGGGUAGGUUUUUUUGGCAGCUCAUUUCUUGGGUAGCUCAUUUCGUGGGCAGGUUAUUUCUUGGGUAGCUCAUUUCUUGGAUAGGUCAUUUCUUGGGCAGAGGAUGAACGACUCGGCGGCGUCGUGCGUCUCCGGCGAGCUCUCCAACAGCUCGCUCCCGUGCGCGAACCUCUCGGUGUCCGACUACAACGCGGCGGACGCGGCGUCCUUUACGCACGUCUUCCCCGCCGUGUACGGGAUCCUGUGCUUGGUCGGAGUCCUCGCCAACGCGCUGGUGAUCUACGCCGUGGCCACGUGCAAGAAGAAGAUGGUGUCGGACGUGUACGUGCUGAACCUGGCCGUGGCAGACCUGCUCUUCUUGCUCGUCAUGCCCUUCAACAUCCACCAGCUGGUGUGGGAGCGUCAGUGGGUCUUCGGCGCGUUCAUGUGCAAAGCCGUGGUGGUGGUGGAUGUGAGCAACCAGUUCACCACUGUGGGCAUCGUCACUGUGCUCUGCAUCGACAGGUACAUUGCCAUCGUCCAUCCCAUGUCGGAGAACCGCACCAUCCAGUGGACCAUCAUCAUCAACAUGCUGGUGUGGCUUGGCAGUUUCCUGCUCACCAUCCCUGUCAUGAUUUACGCCAAGGUAAUCUCCAAGAAGCACUCUAGCGUGUGCAUGAUAUACCUUGAUGGUCCCCAGGACAUGUACUGGUACACCCUGUACCAGUCUACGCUGGGUUUCCUCGUGCCCCUCAUCAUCAUCAGCACCUUCUACUCGCUGACACUGUACCAUGUAUUCCAGUCGACGCGCCGCGUCAAGCGCAAGCAGUCUCCGUGGGCCAAGAGAGCCACCAAGAUGGUUCUGAUGGUUAUUGCACUCUUUCUGCUGUGCUGGACACCAUAUCACGUGAUCCAGGUGAUCAACCUGGGUAUCCAACAGCCCACAUCGGCCUUUGUCUAUGCCUACAACAUCAGCAUCUGCCUGAGCUACUCGCACAGCUGCAUCAACCCGCUCAUGCUGCUGAUCUUUGCUCAGAACUACCGCGAGCGUCUGUGCCGUCACCGAGAAACACGCAGCAACAUGUCCAAGACCACGGUGAAGACUGAGGGAUGCUCCAGCAUGAGUCCUGAUACCGCCCACCGCCUGACCAUCAUCUAACUCCUGCUUACACAAACAUAAAUCCUUAUUUGGGUUGUCUAUUUAGGGGAACCCUUAACAGCAGAAAUCUAUAAUAUAGGAGUUUUGCUGUCAGGAAGGGCGCUAAGAAGAACCCAUUCAUGAAGCUAAGAACGCUUCAUUGUCCAAAGAACCCUUUUUUUUUACCAAGAGUGUAGUAUAAGUCGGUCUGCACCACAUCAACAAACAGUGUGGAGAGAUUGAUCAAACUUAACACUGUUUGUCUUCAACUGUUUGUACCUUUCCACCCCUGUAUGCUAUAAUCUGUAAAAGGGUUCUCUUCUCAAGGGUUCUUUCUUACGUCUCCUCUGGUUUGCUCAUUAUGGAUCUAAAUCUACAGCUGGAUUUCUGUAAAGCUGCUUUGUGGCAAUGUGGCAAUCGUUAAAAGUGCUAUACAAAUGACUCUCUGCCUUAAUUCAGCGUAUUUGCUUCAUGUAGCUACACUGCACCAACGUCUCUCCACAACUUCUGCACUGGAUUUCUCUGGAAAAGGGCGAGUGAGAAAAGAAGCUCUCGCUCGUUUGUGUUUUAGGAGAUAACAGAGAAAUCUGACAGUUAUUGAGAUUGUUGAAAUUUUUCUCAUCGUAACUGCACAAGCAACAUCCCCCUGUGACAUCUAUACCGCAGGCAACUGCUAACGUCUAACAUGAAUAACAACCAACACAUUAGCACCAGAAUCACUAAACACAUCACAAAUAUUUCAGUAUAAACAGAUUUACUAUAUUUCGGGGUGGCGUUUUCUUUCAAUUCAGCUCUGAGCAAAGUAUAGCUGCAGCUAUUUCUACAAUAUGUUGUUAAUAUGCAGUUUGUGGUCUGUUUUUUUUACAUUAUUUGUUCAUUCAGUACUGUUUUAUUUUGUGCACUCACUACAGGCUUGUUGUAAAUAUUGUCUUUGCACUUCAUGGCUACAGGGAAGAAAAUGGGCUAAAUGAUUUGUAACCACUGUUACCAAAUUCAGACAACUGUUUGAUUUAGCAUUUGAAUACUAUUAAGUGUGUGCGAUACUUUCAAAAGCCUUGAACUCAGAUGGUUGUUGGUAUUUUAGAGAUGCAGCAUUUUUUUUUUAAUCUUUGAUGCUACACUAAAUGCAGAACUCUAUGCAUGUGAAGUGUGACUGUAUCAUGUUUUUUUCUGUCAUUUUCUAUUCAUUUUCCUGUUCUCCCCAGAGGAACUGCAGAACAUCUAUUCCCAGGGUUAAUGAGUUAAGCUUCAGUCAUGUGUAACCGGUGAUAUUUCAACACCCUGACUUGGCACGUUGUAACGCACAUAAACAAAUGAGUGUAUUGGAGCUCAGUUGGAACUGAAUGAUUAGUGGAUGUGAUCAGAAAGCGAGUGGAUGUGAAAGGUUCACCUGCUCAUGGAGAUAAACGGAUUAGAGAUGCUCCAGCAUCAAAUAGCCUAACAAACUGAAUGUUGAUGCUGUACGUUCCAGCUAUAAAUCUGACUAGCACAUGGUAGAAUGAUCGCUUUUUUAUCAUAUGGACAGAAUAUGAUAUUGAGCAUUUCAUGAGAUUUAUCUAUGCUGAAAUAAGUUAAAUAAAUUUGAAAAUGUGGAAAAGGAUACUUAUUUGUGUUCUCUAUACACAUACUCUAUUGAAACCCAGGA